AUGUAUGACAAGGUGCACGCGGCGUUCCGAGUGCCGCAGGGCGGAGUGAGAAGAACGGCUGGCUCUGGAGCCCCGGGCGGGAGUGUUGAAGAUCCUCUCUUCUCCCCCCCCCAACCUCUCCUGUCCAAGACUCAGCAGGUGGAGAUCAACAUCCCGUCCCUCCCCACCAUCUCCGUGGCGGACCGCCUGCUCUGCGUCUUCCAGGAGGACUUCCGGAGCAAGGGCUCAAUGUCAGGGACGGGCCAGGUCAUCUGUGACCUCCCAAACCCCGCGCACAUACCGGCCACGCCCGAAGGCCAAGAUUUCGUAGCUGUGCCGGUCAAGAUCUUCGUCAACGAGACGGUGGAGCUGGCCACCAGAGAGUUCAAAUUCUACAACUGCUCGGCCACCGUGAGGAAAGCUGAAAACACGCCGUGCAUGUCGUGCGUGGCCAGCCCCUGGGGGUGUCAGUGGAACACCCGCGACCACACCUGCAGUGACACCACCGGCACCGUGAACGGACCCCACAUCAUCAAACAGCGGAAGGAACCGAGGUGCCCCCGCUUCGAGAACCCGGACCCCGUGCUCAUCCCCGUGGGCUUCCAGACCGCCAUUGGCUUCGAGGGGAUCAACCUCGAGCAGUAUGAGGGAAGAGCCUUUACAAUAGGAACUGAACUGAUGCGUAGCGUGGAGGAAGAGGUCACUUUGAUGGUGGACCAGUUCUACAGCUUCAAUGGCUUUAAGUUUUCCUACGAUAAAUCACAGGAGACCAACGUUCUGUUCUACGUGAAGGACAAGGAGUCCGGGAAAAAGAUAGACAGCACGCUGAACGUGACCCUCUACAACUGCUCCAACGGCCGGCAGGACUGCAGCCUGUGCAAGAACUCGGACCCCAAGUAUAGCUGCGUGUGGUGCGGCCACACCAAGUCGUGCGUCUACAACCAACUCUGCGACCAUGCGUCCCAACAGUGUCCGGAUCCCCUGAUCACCGACAUCAUCCCCCGCUAUGGCCCGAUGCUUGGGGGGAUCUCCGUCACCAUCCUGGGCUCCAACCUGGGCAUCCAGCAGGCGGACAUCAAGAGGAUCAGCGUGGCAGGCGUGCCCUGCGUCCACCAGCCGGACAAGUACUCGGUCUCCACCAGCGUGGUUUGUGAGAUCGGCCGCUUAGACCCCGAGAAGACAUCCUCGGGUCUGGUGGAGGUGGAGGUGGAGGGCGGGAAGAGAGGAACCUCAACCCUUGAAUUCACAUACAGGGACCCUAUUCCCCAGGAAUUCAAUCCCAGCAGGGGUCCCAAGGCAGGAGGCACCCUCAUCACCAUCAAAGGCAUGGCCCUAGACACGGGCAGCCAAGCUGACGUCCACAUCACUGUGGGCACGGUGGAGUGUGUCGUGGAGAAAUUCGGGCCGGAGAUCGCGUGCAGGACCGGAGAGUACCGGGACGACAAGGUCCCCUCAGAUCAGCUCGGCAUCAGCCUGAAGUACGGCAAGAGAACCACCACCGUCAUCGACAACGCCUUCCAGUACCUGGAGAACCCCAUCCAGGUGGACGUCCACCCCACGGACAGCUUCAAGUGCGGGGGCAGGAACAUCGCCGUGUCGGGGUCCGGCUUCGACAUCAUCCAGACAGCGGUCAUGAAGGUGAAAUGCCUCAGGGAAGACCUCCUCGCCGAACCCAUCGCUUUCCAGAAGUCCCACAAGAAGAACGACACGGUGAUCGAAUUCCUGUCGCCCACGGUGAACUGCUCCUACGAGGGCCAGCAGCUGAAGGUCUACGUCCAGCUGGACAACUUCGAGAAGGAGCUGAAGUCCUUCGACUACCACCCCGACCCCACCUUCGACGAACUGCCCAAGAAAGUCUUCACCGAGGCCAGCAUCAUCAUCGUCACCGGUCAAGGCUUCUCCAAGGCCAUGACCUCCAAGGAGGCCCAGGCAUACCUGGGCGACGUCCCCUGUCUGGUCAACACCCUCCAGGACGACAAGCUGUUCCUAGACCCCCCCUCCACGCAGCCCCGGGCCCGCUCCAAGCGCCACCGGAGGGACACCAGGUCUGAGCCCCUGGACCUGCUGAUCAUGUUUGGAAAGGGGGAGUGGGUGGUGGGCUCGGUGCAGUACGAGAGGAAGUACGAGGUGCCGCUCCCCAUCAUCAUCACCGCCGUGAUCGUGCCCAUGCUACUCAUCAUCGGCGUCUCCAUCUUCUGCUACAGGAGGAAGAGCGAGCAGGCGGAGCGGGAGUACGAGAAGGUCAAACACCAGCUGGAGAACCUGGAGGAGAGCGUGAGGGACCGCUGCAAGAAGGAGUUCACAGACCUGAUGAUCGAGAUGGAGGACCACACCAACGACGUCAGCGAGGGCCGCAUGCCCUUCCUGGACUACAAGACGUACACGGACCGCGUGUUCUUCCUGCCCUCCAAGGACGGCGCCAACGACGUCAUGAUCACGGGCAAGCUGGACAUCCCUGAGGCGCGUCGCGCCACCGUCACCCAGGCCCUCAACCAGUUCUCCAACCUGCUCAACUCCAAGACCUUCCUCAUCACCUUCAUCCACACACUGGAGGGUCGUCCAGAGUUCAACGCGCGUGCUAAGGUGUACUUUGCGUCGCUGCUGACGGUGGCGCUGCACGGCAAGCUGGAGUACUACACGGACAUCAUGAGGUCCCUGCUGCUGGACCUGAUGGAGAGCUACGUCCACAGCAAGAACCCCAAGCUCAUGCUCCGCAGGUCCGAGACAGUGGUGGAGAGGAUGCUGUGCAACUGGAUGUCAAUCUGUCUCUAUCAGUUUCUGAGGGACUCGGCGGGCGAGCCCCUUUACAAACUGUUCCGAGCCAUCAAGCAUCAGAUCGAGAAAGGGCCGGUCGACGCCAGGCUGAAGAAAGCCAAGUACACACUCAACGACACACGCCUGCUGGGGGACGACGUGGAGUACUGUGUGCUGAACCUUCAGGUGCUGGCGCAAAGCGAGGGCCCGGACGUGACGCCGGUGAAGGUGCUGAACUGCGACACCAUCUCCCAGGUGAAGGAGAAGAUCAUAGAGCAGGUGUACCGCAACCAGCCCUACACACUGCGGCCCAAGGUGGACAGCGUCACGCUGGAGUGGCGCCCCGGCUCCACCGGGCAGAUCCUGUCAGACCUGGACCUCACCUCCCAGAAGGAGGGCCGCUGGAAACGCAUCAACACACUGGCACACUACAACGUGAGAGACAACGCCACCGUGGUCCUCUCCAGAGUGAAGCACACCCAGUAUAACUACGACCAGAACCAGGAGAGCCAAGAGGAGAGGAACGCCCUGCUGGAGGACGACAAGGUGUUCCACCUGGUGAGACCCAUGGAAGAGCUGGACGAGAUCAAGUCGAAGCGGGGCAGCCUCAAGGACAAGUCCAUGACCAAAGCCAUCACUGAGAUCUACCUGACGCGCCUGCUCUCGGUCAAGGGAACUCUCCAGCAGUUUGUGGACGACUUCUUCCGGAGUGUUCUGUGCUCCGGGGCAGUGGUGCCGCCCGCCAUCAAGUACUUCUUUGACUUCCUGGACGAACAGGCGCUGAAACACGACAACGUGGACGAGGAGACGGUCCACAUCUGGAAGACCAACAGCCUCCCUCUGCGGUUCUGGGUGAACAUCCUCAAGAACCCCCACUUCAUCUUCGACGUGCACGUGAGCGAGAUGGUGGACUCCUCGCUGUCGGUCGUGGCCCAGACCUUCAUGGACGCCUGCACCAAGAGCGAGCACAAGCUCAGCCGGGACUCGCCGAGUAAUAAACUACUCUAUGCAAAGGAGAUUUCCACCUAUAAGAAGAUGGUGGAUGACUAUUACAAGGGCAUCAGGCAGAUGGUAUCUGUCAGCGACCAGGACAUGAACACUCAUCUGGCCGAAGUGUCUCGGACUCACACAGACAAACUGAACACAGAAGUGGCCCUGCAUCAGCUCUACCAGUAUGCCAGCAAAUACUAUGAUGUGAUCAUCGCUGCCCUGGAGGAUGACCCCGUCGCCCAGAGCAAACACUUGACCCUGCGUCUUCAGCAGAUCGCUGCGGCUCUGGAGCAUAAAUCCACCGACCUUUAACCCCCCCCCCCCCCCCAAGGGAAGGAAGGGCGGACGGAUGGACAGACGGAGAGAAAAAAAAUAAGGACCGAAAGAAGGACGCGAGCGAAGAGGGAGGGAGGGAGGGAAGGAAGAGAGGAUGCCAGUGUGUCCACAGUGGCUUAGAGAUGGAUUCCUCGGAAGGAAACAAGGAGGAAAGGAGGCAAGGAGGCGAGAUGAGGGGCCGAACCAUGCGAGCGUCUCUGCUGUAGGACCUCAAUGGGACUGACGCGGUACCGAUGUAGAGCGGGAGAGGGAGGAGGAGGAGACGACAGCGUUGUGCUCUCCUAGCUAUGCCUUAAAGCUCACCUGCCAACCUCUAAGGUCCACAUGCGCCCAACCCCCCCAACCCAGAAUGCAGUGCAGGAGCUGGCGUGGGAGAGUAAGGCCCCUGGCGCUGGAGAUAAUCAGACCCUCCGUCCCGUAUAGAAGAGGUUCCAGGAGGAGUUGAUGGAUAAUAUAUAUUUUUUUUAAUUGUGUGUGCGUUCUUAUGCGGAUAGCUUUAUAAGGAGAUGAUUAUCUUUUUAAACGGAUCGCCUUGUGGUGCAAAGUGUUUCUAUAUGCCUGUGUGUGCGUGCGUGCGUGUCUGUGUACAGCGUGUAGGAUAUGUGAACAGGAGCGGGUGUGCCUACCUGUGCGUUAGUCUGUGUGUGCGUGUGUGUCGGUCCGCUGUUAAGCAUGGGGGGUUAUAGGGAAGCCCCUUGUUCUAUCAGUUUGAACCCCCCCCUGACCCCCGGAUGAGAGCCUGAGCUCUCCCUGUAUCAUUUCACCAGAAGAGACCAAAGGUUCUGCUGGUGGGGGGGGGGGGGGGGGGUGCUGGCUCAUCUUCUCAAAUCAUAGGUGUCCCAGCGACACGGCGCCGAGACGUGUUCCAUUUCUGUCGUCGACGGUUCUUAGGCUCACUGUCGUCGCUUCGAGCUCGAUUGCCGUUUUUUGUUGUGCUUGUUGAAAUCGAUAAAUAGCACAGUCAGUUUCCCUUUAUUGUAAAAAUGCCACGACACAUUCCACUCAGAGUAAAGCACAGAGUAAAUGAAAACUUUUUUGUUUUUUUUGUUUUUAGGGAUCAUUUGAAAAUUGCUUAUGAAUGAUAAAGCGUUCGAGCUUGCUUGUGUAAGCGGACGAUUAAUAACAUUCACUUACAGAGCCGGUGACUUAAUAUUAGCCCUGCAAUAAUGUCAAUGUAAAAUAAUUCACAACACUGUAGACGGUACAAGAGGCAAAACAGUUAUUAUGGUAUCAAUGCAGCAAUACAUGUGGAAACUGUCCAGCUGAUUCGUUUAGGGAAAGCGUAGUGUUACCGUUGUAAUGCGUUUAUAAGUGGUGCCAUUUUUAUAGUAUUAGCAUUUUACCAAUUUCAAUAGUCGCGCUACAUUUCUGCCUCCUUUGUUGAUAAUGCUGAUGUUAAUGCUUUUGUGAAAGGAUAUUCGAGAGUUCUAUGGUACGUUUUUGAAGAAGUGAUAUUUGUUUUAGCUUUGGUGUGAUGUCAUGGGGCUCAGGUGAAAGUAUCUACAUACAUGAUUGUAGGAAUCGUUGGAGGGUUCAUGUGUAAACGUUAGAGUCCAAAUAGGAUGGUUGCUAUUACUUUCGUCCUUGUACACUUUAUUCAUGCUGAAAAAAGAAAGAACUGAUAAAUAUAUACAUAUAUAUAUAUAUAUGAAUUAGGGUUUGCCUUGAAUAUUCUGUUGGCACAUUGGUACUUGGACAUUAUCUCAUAAGAUAUGUUCUUCAGUUUUAAUAGGAGUAAAACUAGAUGCCUAAGAAAUCUGAGAACAUUUAAAUCAAAAUCACACCAAUAGGGAAAGAAGAGGGUCUCGAGAUGACAACGGACAUGCUCUUAUUACGGGGGUUUGUCAUGUUAAAUCGACGGAGCCCAUCACCAUGGGUCUAUUUAUUGAGCAGUAUAAACGCUGCCUCGGGCCACACUUCAUGUUUAUUGGCUCAUUUAUUAAAAGAGAACGCUCUGCUGUUUGUUCAUGAACUGCGGCGAAGAUUAAAAGCAUUUCGGCAUACGGCCCUGAUUUAUUUCUAGGUUUUUCUAACAGUCAACUGAUAGCGACCACGUAUGGUAACGGAGCCCAAAGAGCUCUCCAGACCCCAGAAUGUGAGCGAUUCCUGCCUUAGCUGGUGUAAGUGUGUAUUAUUUUGCACAGGGCCCAAGCAUGCCUGCCUGCCUGCCUGCCUGCCUGUCUGUCUACCCUGAAGGCCCUGCUCAAACACAGCAGGGGGUCCUGGCAUUCUGACCCACAGCACUCGGGGCUGGUCACUCAGAACGGCGCAGAGCGACACUCCAUAUAAGUGAAGCAGCAGGGAAAGGGGGGUGGGGUUGGGGGGGGGGUGGGGGGGCAAUGCUUUUGAUCUUGACCGCUGCAAUCCAUCCCUAUCGCCGCUUACCGCCGGUGUCCUCUCGACGAAGAGAGUGAUGCAAGACGCUUUUUUCGAAGCCCUUUUUCCUUAACCAAAAAUGUGCCUUACCGAUAGGACGACGCGUAGAUAUAUAGAUGUGUCCUUUCUAAAAUUCUAUCGAUAACUUAAAAGUGAUUUAUGAUUCUAGUGCUAUAGACACAGCAAUGUAUUUGGAAUUGUGAUUUUUUUGUGUGCUGUCAAGAAAAGAAAAAAAUAUAUAAAGCUAAUCACCCUGCUGCAGCCAUGUGCGUGCCAAUAGGCUGAAGACAUUGUUUUUAUUUUAUGUGCACUUUUCCUUUUUGGGUGUCUGUGGUGUGUGUGUGUGUGUGUGUGUGUGUGUGUGUGUGUGUGUGUGUGUGUGUGUGUGUGUGUGUGUGUGUGCUUAGUAGGCCUUCUGUGACUAUGGCCCAAGCGAAUAAAUGUAAAGCAAUGUCCAUCCCCAAAUUCCCAUUCAAAUGGUUGGAACCCUAAAAAUUCGCUCCAAGUCAAAAAGGAUAAUUGUGUGUAGAUCGAUUAUAGCUCAAAACUGUUGCAAUGGUGUUUUUCCUUCUUUUGCUGUGUGUUUCUACCGUGUGUAUGAUUAAUGACUAUCUAUACUCGACAAAAGAGCUUUCUUACUGCUGUGCAGUUAUUUUUGUUUCCUAUAACAUAUAUACCUUUGUAAAAACAUGUUGAAAUACUGUACUCUUCACUGUAUAAUCCUAUGCAUUGAGUCCUGGGGCGUGGGGGGAGGGGGGAAUUAAGUUUAUUUGUGCAGUUGUCGAGACAUUUUCUCCUCUCCCUUCCAUUUUGAAAACUUGUGAAAGUGCCGUGGUGAUAAAAACUAAACUGGAACGGUCUCAUUUUCAACGCUGGCGAAAGCAAUGUCCCUUUCAACCCGAGGCAGCUCACAAGCCAAUCUUGAUCUGUUUCGUAGUGGAUGAACUCACUCCUCCAAAGUUUAUGUGCGUGCGUGUGCGUCUGUGUGUGUGUGGAUGGAGCAUUUACACAUGGGUUUCAUCACCCACGCCACCGUGAAUAAAUUUCUCAGAGAUGUCUAAUGCAGGGUUUCUUUUCUGUUUCCUUCGUGCACACACACACACACACACACACACACACACACACACACACACACACACACACACACACACACACACACACACACACACACACACACACACACACACACACACACACACACACAACCAUGAUCU